CCUGCCCCCUCCACUGCCCGCCCCCCGCCCGAGCCUGCGCUGGGCAACGAGCCGACCCGGCCAAGAGGCGGAGAGAGGAUGCGGCCGGCGGCAGCUGUCCCGAGCAGUGCACGGUGAUCGCCUCCCCCGGAGGAGGAGUUGCGUAGACCGUUGCCACAUUUCUUGUUUUCCUCCUCACCGCCCCCCCCCCAACUCCCCCGUAAUUACAUUGACUGCUGGAGGGGACAGGGAGAGACGGAGGAGGCGCCUCGCUUCCCCCCUCGCGCCCGCCACCCUUGCUCUUUCCCGUCCCGGGCCAGGAUGACUGGAGUCUUUGACAGUCUGGUGGCUGAUAUGCACUCGACCCAGAUCACGGCCUCCAGCACGUACCACCAGCACCAGCAGCCUCCGAGCGGCGGCGGCGCUGGCCCCGGCAGCAGCAACGGCAGCGGCCUCCACAAGCCCCAGGAGUCGCCCACCCUUCCGGUGUCCACAGCUACCGACAGCAGCUACUACACCAACCAGCAGCACCCGGCGGGCGGCGGCGGCGGUGGGGGCUCGCCCUACGCGCACAUGGGUUCCUACCAGUACCACGCCAGUGGCCUCAACAACGUCCCUUAUUCCGCCAAGAGCGGCUACGACCUGGGCUACACCGCCGCCUACACCUCCUACGCGCCCUACGGGACCAGUUCGUCCCCAGCCAACAACGAACCCGAGAAAGAGGACCUCGAGCCAGAAAUUCGGAUAGUGAACGGGAAGCCAAAGAAAGUCCGGAAACCCCGCACCAUCUACUCCAGCUUCCAGCUGGCGGCUCUUCAGCGGCGUUUCCAAAAGACUCAGUACCUGGCGCUGCCCGAGCGAGCCGAGCUGGCGGCGUCUCUGGGCCUCACCCAGACUCAGGUCAAGAUCUGGUUCCAGAAUCGCCGAUCCAAGUUCAAGAAGAUGUGGAAAAGCGGGGAGAUACCCUCGGAGCAGCACCCUGGUGCCAGCGCCUCGCCGCCUUGCGCUUCGCCGCCUGUCUCGGCGCCGGCCUCCUGGGACUUCGGCGCGCCGCAGCGGAUGGGGGGUGGCGGCGGCCCCGGCAGCGGCGGCAGCGGCGCCGGCAGCUCCGGCUCCAGCCCGAGCAGCGCGGCCUCGGCUUUCCUGGGCAAUUACCCUUGGUACCACCAGGCCUCGGGCUCCGCCUCGCACCUGCAGGCCGCGGCGCCGCUGCUGCACCCGACGCAGACCCCGCAGCCGCACCACCACCACCACCACCACCACGGCGGCGGGGGCGCCCCGGUGAGCGCGGGGACGAUUUUCUAACCACAGGGAGACUGCGCCAGAGACUGAGAGAGCAGAGACCGGUUAUCCUCAGUGCUCACCCCCGGAGCUGGAGGGUCUCUCCAACUGGCCCGUUGACGCCUCCCACCCCUCCCAGAGGUUGCUCGGGGGGGAUGGCCUGCCCCUGGCCCUGCUCCCUCGCGCGGCCACCCAGCUGCCGGGAACUGGAAGGCGUCUGCUCGCCCCCCGGGCUCCUCUCGAAGGAAUCCGGCAGCGGCAUAGGGAGGGCCACCGGCCACGGUCGCCUUUCAGACCUGAGCCCCGCCUCAGACUUGCCUCCCCCCGCCCGCCCCGCCCUGCGAGGCCGUCCGGCGCCUUCCCCGCCGCGGGCCGCGAGCUGAGUCCGGGAGAGGGAUGCCUCCCCCUCCCGCGAGGCUUCCCGGGCGCUCUAAGGCUCCUUUCUCCUCGCGCGCCCCCAGGCUGGCUCCAGUCCGCUGGGGUUAUUGACCUCCAGGGGUCCUGCCUGCCCGCCCUCCCCAACACGCCCCCUUGACCUGGGCGGCCCGCCGCUUUUUUUCUGCCCUGCCGUUUCCAGCCCUUGGAGCCCCCACCCCUCCCCAGCCUUAGCUCUCCCGCAGAAACUCUCCCUUAGCUCUUGCCUCAUCCAUCACCCGUGGAGUUUUUUUAUUUUUAUUUUUUUAAAAGUUUAGGUGCCUUUGCGGAUGACCUCAUUUUGAUGUUGGAAAAAAAUGAUUUUUUAAUAUGUGGACACUGCAAAAAAUGUGUUUAAAUUAUCUUUUUUAAAACCUAUUCAGGAUUAUUAGCCUGGACUUCGACAUAGAGUUUGUAAAUAAAGGUGUCUGCAGAUUUUCCCACUGAUUUAUUUGCAUUAAAAUACUCAUCUUUUCAGACUUUUUUGUAAAUUCCCACUUGUGAAAACUGCGGUUUGGCAGCGACCUCAGCAACCCCUCGGUUUUAUUUUUCCCUUUGAAAAAUUUUCUCAAACUAUAGCUACUGAUUUGGAUUUGUUUUAUCUUAUCCUAAACUCUUUGUUCUUGAAAUGAAAGGUAUUUUGGGGUUAUUUAUUAUGAAAACAACAUGCUCUUAAUGUUGAUUUUACAAUAUGAAGAGU